AUGGUAUCUUCAAGUUAUAGUAGAUUAAUAAACAAUUUGUAUAAGGGACAAUUGCUCCUUAAUCGUAAAAUACUUGCACAAAUAACUAUAUUAAAUAGGAAUUGUCUUUAUAUGAUUUUUCUUUCAUGCAACCCCAACUACAGAAACCACUGUAAGGACGAAUGCGGUACUAUCCCGGAAGAAGUGACGAAGACAUUCUUAGGAAGGUUGAAGAAAACCUUCCCAAUUACGAUUGUGUCCACAAUUUCUUAUUAA